AUCUGUGCUCUUGACAUGUGGGUGUUGGAGGGAGUUCGAUGUAAAAACUUACGAAGGACGAUGGCUUAGCACACCAAAACCUACGCUUGUCUUGAUCAUAUUCGAGUAUUGGACCAAGAUCACAAUUGGUGAGGUUCGUCAAUCGUGCACUUAAGUUCAUCCAUUUGACGUCUUGACCUGAGCUAUUGACGUUGAUAGUUCGUCAUUAUGCCGCUGCCCAAUUAUGGCUACAACAAUCAAGAGGACAAAAGAAGCCAAGAGCUCGUGUUCGAAAUGGCUCCAGAAUGGGUGGAUGCCGAGGACCAGUACGAUGGCAACAGAAAUGAUUACCGAUCCAGCUUGAGCAAUGGCGGAAGUCGAAAGAACAGCACUUCCAAGAGAGCCCAAGUGACCACAGGCAAAUUGGGAAUUGACCUCGAGCGGAAGAUGGUCAUUCACUCGGACAAGGACAAAGAGAUUUGGAGGAAACCGUCGAUUGACCCUCAAGAUCUUGCGGACGCCAGGAAGUUCUCCUCACCAAAUAGACGGGAAUUGCGAUCAGAUUUGAAGUCGAAUUUGGACUCCCUCAUAUCCAGUGAUAAACUCAAAGAUAUUCGAGCUGGAAAGCGACCCACUUUGGAGGACUCUCCAUCGGAUAUAAGCAUUCCCUCUCUGUACGGCAACCCUGUCCCUAAAGCGACUUCUUAUGGGUACAACAAACCCAGGUCUAGCUACGAGAUUCAAGAACGUCGAGGUUCGUCCAGUUCGGCCAAUCGAUUCUCAUCCUCGCCCAGUCCUCGGACCUCAUUAACCGAGCGGACUCGUUAUGGUCAAGACCUUGGAGAUGGAGCGACGACCUCCAGUUUUUCCACCUACGGAGGCAAUGGAAACGAGAGCAGCUACAAAAUUAGAGAGGUCUCGAGCCAUCAAGUGAUUUCCAGAUCGGUGGGAGGCUCCAAGAUGCCAAGAAGCAUCUACUGAGGAUCACUGUGUUUCAGAUGUGGUGGUACAUGUAUUCCAUCUUGUAGAUAUCCUUUGCUCACCUCUUGUAUUACGUUAUAUCGUUCCCUAUUUGCCAUAAUGAAACUGAUAAAUGAUAAUCAACUCACCUGUCAUUACCUCUGGCAUUGCCGCAUGAAAUAGAUUGACUUAUAAUAA